AGCACAUCCCUCGAACCUGUCUCCUAACCUACCUACCUACAUAUUUCACUUAAUUCUCCGCCCGUCAAGUUUCUACCUGGUCAAGGGUUACACACUGCGACUUGCAGACCGCGAUUCACGCGACGCCCAACCUCAACCUACACCAAAACCCAAUGACACAUAUGGGUUUCUAAGUACAAAUCUAUCAUCCAUCGCCUGUUGCUUAUCCGCACGUGUCUUCCUUCCUGGAGGCCGCAGUUUUUAUUUGAAUUGUGCAAAUACCUGGAGCAGGACCUAAGCAUCUCCUCCUUUAAGCUCACCAUCUCCCUUCACCUUACUCAUCUCUUCGUCUAUCGCUAGCCUAACUAAUACCUUGAUUUUUUCGGAUGCCUGGACAGCCUUCGUGAUCUCUUCUCCCCCAUCACGCAGACUCCGCAUAUCUGUGUGUCUGUCUGUCUGUCGUUAACACGCCUCGCCCUGAGCCCAUAAACUGCCUUCCCGGUUUCUCUCUCCCAAGACCUUUCUCACCAAGCAAUGUGCACGUCUGCAUGAAGCAUUGCCCUCAUCUCACUUAGUAUGGCUACAGAUUGGAACAAGCUUAAGGUCGUUGACCUAAAGGCUGAAUUGAAGCGUCUUGGACUUCCCCAGAACGGCCUCAAGGCUGAUUUGGUAGCACGCCUGGAAGCUGCAGAGUCUGAGAGAGCAGCUUCGCAGUCCUCAGACACGGCGACCGAAGAGGUCCUGGAUGUUAAUGGCGAAUCCCAGCAACAGCAAGACGCUAUCGAGGCAACAGAACCUUGCCCUUCUGUAGAAUCUCUCCCUGUUGAGCCCCUUCCCGUUAGGCCCAUCAUCGAACGAACCGAAUGUGAGGCCGCUUCCGCGACACAAGCUGCCUCGGAAACGACUAUCGAGACCCAAGAGCCACCGUCGCCCCCAUCUCCCCGACCAACAUCUCUACAGCCUACCGAAGAAGUGCAGGACUCGCAAAAGCGGAAGCGAAGAUCUCUGAGCCCCCCGCCGUCAGUCGAGCAGACUUCACGCAAGAGAGCUAAACAGGAGAAUCAUGACAGCCAGGAGACCCAUGCCGAGGACUCGCCUCCGGACAAGUUCGAUGAAGUUGAGCGCCUGGAGGAGAGGCAAGAAGACCCCACCCAAGCUCCUGUGGAUGUCGAGAUGGGCGAUACAAAGGAAGAUAGCCCCCUCGAACCAGAGAGCAAACAUGGCAACAACGUUGCCCAGCCAAGUCCACCGGACAGCCAUCACCGGGACGAACUGAGUGGACAAUCCUCGGAAAAUAGUGCCCAAGCUACCACCUUCGAAGAACCCCAAGCUGACGAGCCUUCCUCCCGAGAAAUCCUUCAGCCUUACACGGAGCAUCCCACCGAAAUCGAGCGAGACGUGGAGCCAUCCAUCCACCCUGCCACCUCUACACUGUACAUUAAGAACUUUAUGCGACCCCUCCGCCCGCAGGCGGUCAAAGAUCACCUCUUAGACCUAGCUACACCGGUCGGUGCCCCCCCUGACGAUACCAAUAUCGUCGAGUUCUACCUUGACACUAUCCGAACACAUGCGUUUGUGGUGUUUGACAGUAUCUCAGCUGCCUCACGGGUACGUACCGCAUUGCACAGCCGCAUCUGGCCCGACGAGACCAACCGCAAGCCUUUGUGGGUCGACUUCGUGCCACGAGAGCGCUUUGAAGAUUGGGUUAGCAUGGAACAGGCCUCGACCGGCGCCCGUGGUUCUAGCAGCCGCUAUGAAGUCGUGUACGAUAGCGAUGCCAAUGGCAAUGUGGCCGUAAGACUUGAAGAAUGCGACGGCAUGCCGCCCGCUCAGAAACAGGUUGCCCGCGCGCCAACACCUCAGGCCGAGCGCAAGCCGCCCAUCCCCACUGGGCCCUCUCGAUCGUUCCUGGGAGUCGAGGGCGCGCCGCUUGGUCCGCGCGGCUUCCAGCCAGGUCGCGGAUCCAGAAUGGACAGGGUAGACCAGUCCGCACUAUCAACCAAUGCCUAUCCUAGCGUUACGUACCAACCUGUUUCAGACGAGCUGGUCAGACGCCGACUCGACGCAAUUGCUGCAGCGAAGACGAUGGACCAGGACAGAGAUUUCGGCAAAGAAUACAAACGAUACUACUUUGAGAGCGGCGACGUACUCGUUGACAGAGGUCCCGAGAUCUUCUUAGGCAUUCGCCCCCCUCACCGAGAGCGCGAACGAGAACGAGACCGUCGGCACGACCAGGGACGCGACGCGGGACGUGGCCGCCGUGGUGGUAGACCUCGUCGCGGUGGUGGCAUGCCACUUUUCCACGGCGUGCCUAGAGGCGGCGAUCGAUUUCGACCCCAGGAUCAUGCCCCCUCCGGCCCCAACGGUCGGCCGCGGUACGGGGAUGAUAGAGGAGGCCGGCGCGACAAUUACAGCCGUUACUAAUGUCGAUAGGAAACAGGUUUGAUCGAGGCGCUAUGGUCGGCUGAAAAGAAUCGUGGGAAGUAUCGCGAGCAUUGUAUAUGGAUGUACGAAACGCACACGCACGCGCAUGGAACCAAAAGCACGAGGCAUUUCACCGGAGCAUAAAAAAAAAGAGAGAAGCGCCUUGGGCUGGGAACAUCAUGGGCAGAAAGGUCACGUCGGCGCAGAGAAGGGAUAACCCUCCCAAUGCUGAGAGGUCCACCGUAACGUACUGAUUUCCGAGUUGAUAUCGUCUUCCUCUUGUUCUUCUCCGGCCUCGACGGAGGCAUGAUGACUAACAGGGCUGCGAGCCCCGAACCUGUUGCUAGGUAGAGUAGGUGGUGUGCGAUAUGUGGCUAAUAGAGAAACCCCUUCUUUCUAUAUAAAAAAUAAAAUAAAAACCAGAAGAAAAUAAGAACCAGGGCAAAAUAUGCCAUCGACUUGUA